CCAACACACAUUGUUUACUGUCUUGUUAAUUUUGGUCAGGGGAUGUAAUUCUUCAAACAAAAAUUUACCUCACAAAAAUCCCUAAAGUUCUGAAUGCAGAGUUGAUAAAUUUCAUAGUCCUGGUUAAAGCCAUAAUCAUUAUUGAUCAAAAUUGGGUGUUUGCUUAUUCAGGAGAUACGUGGUUUUAUGAUAUCCUACUAACUAUUGCCUAAUUUUAGCCACCCUCUACUAGGUCAGAGAAUUAUGAAAACUACUUUGGGGUCAUGUCCAUCUCCCCAACCCUUGCCCCACAUGUCCAGAUGGAGAACCUGAACCAACCAGUCCAUGUAGGAGAUAGGCCACUGGGACUGGUGGGGGAGGGGAGGGCAGUGCCAGCCAAUCGGAAGCAUGGUCAGUGGGCAUGAAACAAUGAGCUUCUGAGGAGGGUGUGGCCUGGAAAACGGCUUUUAGACAAAACUGUCAUUUUAUGGGCCAUCCACAGACAUGGCACUUCUGCUGUCUUCAGAAUAAUGUCACCCAGGUCUCUUUCUGUUUUCUGCACUCCUGAAAGAUCCAGUACCUGAUCUAGGCUCUGGCUUUCCCUCUGCCUUGAAGAAAGAGGAGCUUUUCUUUGUAGAAGGUCUACUUGAGGACAGUUUGCUGUGACCACAGAUUCCUGAACGUUUGCCCUGAACAUGAGCUCCAGAAGAGAAGAAUCACAGGACCGAGCCAUUGUCCGGAUAGCGGCUCACUUACCGGACCUCAUCGUCUACGGAGACUUCUCUCCAGAGCGACCCUCUGUGGAUUAUUUUGAUGGAGUCCUGAUGUUUGUCGAUAUUUCAGGGUUCACCGCCAUGACUGAGAAGUUCAGCACGGCCAUGUACAUGGACCGAGGGGCCGAGCAGCUGGUGGAGAUCCUCAACCACUACAUCAGCGCAAUAGUGGAGAAAGUGCUAAUUUUUGGAGGAGACAUCUUAAAAUUUGCAGGUGACGCGCUGCUGGCCUUGUGGAAGGUUGAGCGGAGGCAGCUGGAGAACAUCAUCACGGUGGUGAUCAAGUGCAGCCUGGAGAUCCACGGGCUGUUCGAGACGCAGGAGGCUGAAGAAGGCCUGGACGUGCGCGUCAAGAUCGGGCUGGCCGCCGGCCACAUCACCAUGCUGGUCUUCGGAGACGAAGCGCGCAACUAUUUUCUGGUGAUCGGGCAGGCGGUGGAGGACGUGCGCCUGGCACAGAACAUGGCGCAGAUGAACGAUGUCGUCCUGUCACCGAACUGCUGGCAGCUCUGCGACCGGAGCAUGAUCGAGAUUGAGAGGAUCCCGGAUCAGAGGGCUGUCAAGGUUAAUUUCUUAAAACCGCCUUCUACUUUUAAUUUUGAUGAAUUUUUCACAAAGUGUAUGACUUUCAUGAAUUAUUAUCCUUCUGGUGACCACAAAAACCUCCUGAGGCUUGCGUGCAUGCUGGAGUCCGACCCUGAGCUGGAGAUGUCCCUGCAAAAGUAUGUGAUGGAAAGCAUAUUGAAGCAGAUCGACGACAAGCAGCUCCGGGGCUAUUUGUCUGAGCUGCGCCCGGUGACCAUCGUGUUUGUGAACCUGGUGUUUAAGGACCAAGACAAGGCCGAGGUCAUCGGCUCGGCCAUCCAGGAUGCCUGCGUGCACAUCAGCUCCGUCCUGAGGGUCUUCCGAGGCCAAAUCAACAAAGUGUUCAUGUUCGACAAGGGCUGCUCCUUCCUCUGUGUCUUUGGUUUCCCUGGGGAAAAGGCUCCUGACGAGGUCACUCAUGCCUUGGAGAGUGCCGUGGAUAUAUUUGACUUCUGCUCUCAGGUUCACAAAAUCCAUACUGUCUCCAUCGGCGUGGCCAGCGGGAUCGUCUUCUGCGGGAUCGUCGGACACUCUGUGAGACACGAGUACACAGUUAUUGGUCAGAAAGUCAACAUCGCAGCCAGAAUGAUGAUGUACUACCCAGGGAUUGUGACGUGUGACUCCGUCACCUACAAUGGCAGCAACCUCCCGGCCUACUUUUUCAAAGAGCUUCCGAAGAAGGUCAUGAAGGGUGUUGCAGAUUCCGGACCGGUCUACCAGUGUCUGGGGCUUAAUGAGAAAGUCAUGUUCGGCAUGGCGUACCUCAUCUGCAGCAGGGACGAGGGCUGCCCGCUGCUGGGACGUGAUAAGGAGAUCAAGUACUUCAUGUGCAUCAUGAAGGAGUUUUUGGUGUCCAACUGCAGCCGCGUCCUAAUGUACGAAGGGUCAUCAGGAUACGGGAAGAGCCAGAUACUUAUGGAAAUUGAGUAUCUGGCCCAAGGAGAGAACCACAGGACCAUUGCUAUCGCGUUGACCAAGAUCGGCUUCCAUCAGAACUUCUAUACCAUCCAGAUACUCAUGGCCAACGUUCUGGGUCUGGACGCCUGUAAACAUUAUAAAGAACGACAGACCAACCUCCAAAAUAAAGUGAAGACUCUGCUGGACGAGAAGUUCUACUGUCUCCUCAACGACAUCUUCCACGUCCAGUUCCCUAUUUCACGAGAGGUUUCCAAGAUGACCACCUUAAAAAAGCAAAAGCAGCUGGAAGCCUUGUUUCUGAAGAUCUUGGAGCAAACAGUGAAAGAGGAAAGGAUUAUCUUUAUCAUUGAUGAGGGCCAGUUUAUUGACUCAGCCUCCUGGGCCUUUAUGGAGAAGCUUAUCCGGACGGUUCCUAUCUUCAUCAUCAUGUCCCUGUCCCCCUUCGCGGACACGCCCUGCGCGGCGGCCCGCACCAUAAUGAAGAACAGAAAUGCCACCUACGUGACCCUCGGGGCCUUGCAGCCUAAGGACAUCCGCAACAAGGUCUGCCUGGACCUCAACGUCCGGUGCAUCCCCAAAGAACUGGACACGUACCUGGUGGAGGGAAGCUGUGGGAUCCCGUUUUACUGUGAGGAAUUGCUGAAGAACCUUGACCAUCACCGGGUCCUCGUUUUCCAACCCAUGGAGUCUGAGGAGAAGACCAAUAUGACCUGGAACAACCUGUUCAAGAAUUUCAGUAGACCAACCGAGGAACUAAAUUACGAGGAGAGAAGUGAAGAAGUCUGUACCCUCGCCAGUGGUGUCCGACUGAAAAACUUGUCACCGCCAGCAUCGUUAAAAGAAACCUCGCUGGUGCAGCUGGACAGCAUGAGCCUGUCGCACCAGAUGCUGGUGCGGUGCGCCGCGGUCACCGGCCUGACCUUCACCACGGAGCUGCUGUUCGAGGUCCUGCCUUGCUGGAACAUGAAAAUGAUGAUCAAGGCCCUGGCGACGCUCGUGGACGCCAAUGUCUUCGACUGCUUCCGCAACGGCAAGGAGCUGCGGACCGCCCUGAAGCACAACGCGGCCUCGUGCGAGGUCAAUCACCGCUCGCUGUCUCUGAGGCCCGGCCUGGGCAUGGCGCGUGACGAGGGUGAGGAGCUGCACGAGCUGGAGAGCGAGGUCAUCGAGUGCCACGUCAUCCGCUUCUGCCGGCCGGUGAUGCAGAAGACGGCCUACGAGCUGUGGCUGAAGGCCGAGAGGAGGGCCAUGCACCUCAAGUGUGCGCGCUUCCUGGAGGAGGACGCGCACCGGUGCAACCACUGCCGCAGCGGAGACUUCGUCCCUUACCACCACUUCACCGUGGACAUCCGCCUCAACACGCUCGACGUGGACACCAUCCAGAAGAUGGCCAAGUCCCACGGAUAUAAAACUGAAGAAGAGAUCACCUUUUCCAAAAUAGAGACUCCUAAGAAAUCGGAGAUAUUUUCUGAAAAUCUCAGUCCUGAAGAAAUAAGAGAAAAGAUCUUGAGUUUCUUUGAUGUCAUCAUAACAAAAAUGAAGAUGCCUGAAGAAGACAUCAUUCCUCUGGAGUCAUGCCAGUGUGAGGAGAUCGUAGAGAUGGUCAUCAUGCCUCUGGCCCACCAUUUUCUGGCUUUGGGAGAAAACAACAAAGCCUUAUAUUACUUCCUAGAAAUUACAUCUGCUUAUCUCAUCUUGGGUGACAAUUACAUGGCGCACCUGUACUUGAAGGAGGGAGAGCGGUUGCUGAAAAUGCUCAAGGACGACACAUCCUGGAGUCACACUUUUGAGGCCGCGGCCUUUUACAGCCUCAAAGGUCAGGUCUGUUUCAACAUGGGCCAGAUGGUGCUUGCCAAGAAGAUGCUGCGCAAGGCCCUGAGGCUCCUCAACAGGGUCUUCCCCUACAACUUAAUCUCCCUGUUUCUUCACACCCACGUGGAGAAAAACAGACACUUCUACUACGCGGAUCAGCAGGCCCAAGAGAGCUCGCCUCCAGGGAAGAGGAGGCUGGCGCAGCUCUACAGGCAGACGGCCUGCUUCUCCUUGCUCUGGCAGAUCUACAGCUUAAAUUAUUUUUUCCACCACAAGUAUUACAGCCACCUGGCAGCUAUGAUGCAAGUGAACACGGCCCUGGAGACUCAAGAUGACUUCCAGAUCAUCAAGGCCUACCUGGACUACGCGCUGCAUCACCAGCUGGCCGGCUACCAGGGCGUGUGGUUCAAACAAGAACUCAUGGCCAUGGAGCAGAUCUUCAACCUCCCCCUGAAAGGCGUGGGCAUCGAAAUCGUGUCCUAUGUGGCCGAUACGCUGGGCUACACCAAGCUUCUAAUGGGUCACUUGGACUUGGCCAUUGACUUAGGCUCUCGAGCCCACAAGAUGUGGGCACUGCUGCGGAACCCCAACAGACAUUACAUAGUCCUCUGCUGGCUCAGCAAAUCUCUCUUCUUGAAAAGCAGAAACAAGCAACUGAUCCAGGUGCUGGGGUGGCUGUGGGACCUCUCGGUAACAGAGGAGCACAUCUUCAGCAAGGCAUUCUUCUACUUUGUCUGCCUGGACAUCAUGCUUUAUUCCGGGUUUGUUUAUAAGACGUUUGAAGAAUGUUUGGAAUUCAUACGCCAGAACGAAGACAACAGAAUCCUCAAGUUCCAGAGCGGCAUCCUCCUGGGUCUCUACUCCUCCGUGGCUAUCUGCUGUGGCCUAGGCCAGGGCUUGUCCACUUCAGUGGGCACAGCUGGUUCACACUCGACCACACGGCGUCCUGCCCCCUCCCCCGUGUGUCAUUCAGCAGGUGUGGCUGGGACCUGCGAGCCUGCCUUUCUAAAGAACAUCAGGUAUGCCCGGCUGCAGGACUGGGACAGCUUCCACGAGUUUUCCAGCAGAGCUAAAAACCUGGUGCCCAGAAGAACGCCCACCGCGCUCUACUACGAAGGGAUCAGUAGGUACAUGGAGGGGGAAGUCCUCUACCUUCAGAAGCAGAUCGAGGGUCAGUCUGAGAAUGCCCAGGACAGCGGGGUCGAGCUGCUCAAGAGCCUGGAGAGUCUGGUGGCCCAGAACACCACCGGCCCCGUCUUCUACCCGCGGCUCUACCACCUGAUGGCCUACGCGUGCAUCCUGAUGGGGGACGGGCAGAACUGCGACCUGUUCCUCAACACGGCCCUGCAGCUGUCCGAGACGCAGGGGAACGUGCUGGAGAGGUGCUGGCUGAACAUGAGCAAGGAGCGCUGGUACUCGAGCUCCGAGCGCACGGACGACCGCUGGCCGCAGACGCUCGCGCGCCUCCCGUCCUGGGAGAAGGUGGCGGCCGGCGAGGCGAGCGCGCAGGACGUGCAGAAGAACAAGUUCCUCAUGAGGGUCAACAUCCUGGACAAUCCGUUCUAGCCCCGCGGACGGCAGCUCUGGCCGGACGCGAGGACCCGGUCCGUCCCCUUCCCCGCUGCCCCCAGGCUCCCGCGUCCCCCGCCGCUCCCGGAGGGUCCGCAGGGCCCGCGGGGUCACGCCCUGCCCCCCUCGCCCAACCGCCCCUUGUCCCCGGCUCGCCCAGCUCACUGCGGCCCACGCGGCCCGUGCGGGGACAGACACGCUCCGGGUGAACCCAUUAAACCGACGGUUACUCACGCGUCUCGGCGUCCGUCUGUUGUGCGCGCAGCAGCCGCUCGGUGGAACCGGGUUUCGCUGCGGUUGAAACACCAGCGGCUCCAAGGUGGGCACAAGCGCAGCUCAGAGCCCGCUUGUUUGACCUAAGAAAGUGACCGCGCUCGGGCGCCGGGUCCGUGGGUGAAGCCUCUGCCUUCGGCUCAGGUCGUGGUCUCAGGGUCCUG